AGCUAGAUUGUCAUCUCUUCUUAGCUUUGACCAGCGGUCCAAAUGAAGUUUCUAUGUCUGAUAUUAUUGGCCACGUCAGUGGCUGGCCGAUUCACUGAUGAUUUGUACAAUCAGUUGGCCAAAGACAAUGCCAACAAGAAUCUUAUUUCGUCGCCUCUUUCCGUCGAUAUUGCCUUGAGUAUGGUCUACAUGGCAGCCGGGGGAAAGACAGAACAAGAAAUGAGGAGCGUCUUGAAAUUGCCUGCGGAUAAAAAGAAAGUGGCUCGUAAAUACAAGCAAUUUCUGACAAGUCUCGAAGGUCGCGAGAAGGUGGCUAUCCUCGAAAUAGCCAACCGUAUAUACGUAAACGAUCGCUACUCUAUAGUUCCGGAGUUCAAUCAAGUGACCAAGGACUCCUUUAAGGCCGAAGCGGAGGCUAUCAGCAUAAGUGAUCCUAGUAAAGCCGCUUCAAUCGUCAAUAAGUGGGUGAACGAUCAGACGCGCAGCAGGAUCAAAACCAUUGUUACGGAUGAAGAUAUAACCUCGGAUCUGGUAAUGAUUCUUUUGAACGCAAUUUACUUCAAGGGUCAGUGGCAGUACGAAUUCGACCCUAAAAAGACCAAGCAGGCCGAGUUUCGAACUGCCGACAAAAAAACCGUUCCUGUCCAGAUGAUGUCGCUAUCGGGCGCAUUUAGGGCAGCAUAUUUUUCCAGCCUGGAUGCCAAAGUGAUCGAGCUUCCAUACCGGAACUCAAGCCUGUCCAUGCUCAUCUUUUUGCCGGAAAAAGUCGAUGCUUUGCCAGAAUUGGAGAGAAAGAUCGCAGUCUUCCGCCCACGAUUUCGAAAGGUGAAUGUGAACUUAAAGCUGCCAAAGUUUAAAAUCGAACUCACUUCAGAGCUAGCGAGUAUUCUCCAGACGAUGGGCAUUCGAGAUGCAUUUAGUCGCAGUGCGGAUUUUAAGGGUCUAGUAGGAAAGAAUGGAGUCAGGAUCAGCAAAGUCAGGCACAAGGCCUCCAUUGAGGUUAACGAAGAGGGCGCCGAGGCAGCUGCUGUUACAGCUGUCCUGUUUGUUAGGCAGUGCAAGGGAUGCGAGCCCCCGCCUCCUUUGGAGUUUAAUGCCGAUCAUCCGUUUGCCUACGUCAUUCGCGAUGCGAACACCAUUUACUUUCAGGGACACUUUGUAAAACCAGAAUAAUAAAGUAAAUGAAAGGAGUGCUUACUCCGUUAAA